CGUGCCCGGCGGCGGCAACGACACCUUCAACGCAGCCGACGACGACGACACCUUCAACGCAAUUCUCGGCCUCUUCAUUUUCACUCGUUCCCGGCCCCACUCCCGACUCCAGAAUCUAAACUUGCUCCCGACGAUGGGUUUCCCGAUUUGGUCACAAAUCAACUCCUAUAUCUUCAACGACGCUGUAAUAUUGAAUGGCUAGAAAGAAUAAGGGUAUCUGCCAUAGUUGUCGAGAUCCUGGGCAUCAACUGUAUGACUGUCCCAAAAAAAAAAAAACAAAGUCCUAACUGUUUACAAGGAAUUGUAAAAAUGAUGGAGGUUGAAAAGAAGAUGAACAACUUAGGCCGAAUAUUCUUGUGUUGUACAAAAGAUUGUGGAUAUUUCGACUGGAAUGAUGGGAAGUACUCGAAGAAGAAACCCUUGCCGUUUGAAGGACAGUCUAAUAAUAAUUGUGAUGGAAUGCAAUCAAGCCCCGUUGGGAUGUCUCCAAGCAAAGCUAAAGCACCAAUGGAUGACUUGUUGAAAAGUGUUGCCGAAUUAAAGAUAGAAGAGGAUGUUGAGAUAUCAUUCAACAUAACUAUCCGGAAGGGAAAGGGGAAGUUAGAAGAUAUCGCCAAGGAAAAGCGUAGGGAGGAGAACUGAUUUUUAUGUUUAUGUUUAUGUUUAUGUGUCUUAUGUAGUUGUAGCUACCCGUCGAACUUUUGUAAUCGGAUAUAGUUCGACGACACUUAUGUUUAUGUUAAUGUUGAGCCAUAUUUUAAUUUCAUGGUUCUUUUUUAUGUUAA